AUGGAACAACAACAACAAAAAUUGGGUCGUGAGAGAGGUGGCAAUAAGCUUGUUGAACAUUAUCAAGCUCGACUAGCCUAUAAGCAUGAGAAUGAACAAGCUUGGUUAGAGGAUGCCCUUCCUGAUACUGAAUCUAUAAUAAUCCUGGACGUAUUUCUCAUUCUUAAUCAUGAAGAUUGA